AUGGUGUUAAUGGAUUUGACAAAGGGACUGCUGGAUAAUGGAUUUACAUAUUACACAGAGAACUACUACUACAGACUACAGACUAAAAAAUAUAAAGACAGAUUUGGUGGGAACAUUGAGAGCAAACAGAAAACAUAUAUCCAAGGAAGUUAUUGGAAAGAUACUGAAGAAAAGAAAGAUAGCGUGCACGGAGACAGAUGA